CGGUGCGCUUGGGCGGUCCGAGUGAGCAGUAACGGAUCUUCUGCAGAAAUCAGUGCAUAGAUACAGUAUCUGAAGGAUCAAAGUGUUGAAAAUCAAUUAAAAGAUGGACGAGGCUUCUGGCACGACGACAACCGAUGGCAAGUCCCUGGAUGAGGCGCCGGUGGCCGCAGGACUGGAGCCCACACAGCCGAUCGGCUUCCUGCAGCUCUUCCGCUUCUCCACCUGCGGGGAGAUCGCGUGGCUCUUCUUUGGGUUCCUCAUGUGCUGCGUCAAGGCGUUGACCCUGCCCGCAGUGGUCAUCAUUUACAGCGAGUUCACAGCUCCCGCAGAUGCAGAUUCAGAUACUCCAACCACAAUCUCUCUCCCUUCGAUUCUCGAUUCCGUAGCCCUCUCCGCUGCCACGAACAUCACCACGCUGUCGUUUCCCUUCACGAUGGCCAACAGCAGCGGCGGCGGGUACACCAUUCCCACGGGGACCCUGAGCAUCCUUCCCAUCGCGGCGAACGCCCAGCUGCCGACCAUCACGACAACGGCCAGUGGCUACGAGCCCAAUGACGUCAUCACCACGAUCCCCGUCUCGCUCUCCAUUCAGCGCUUCCCCUCGUCCCUGUCCAUCGUGGACCUGGCCCAGGAGCAGGACGGCUACAGCAACAGUGGCUCCAGCAACGGCAUGACCGUGGGGCCGGGUGCGGGCGGCGGCAUCACCACCACGGCCCUCCUGUCCGUGAAGCCCCUGAACGGCAGCGGCAACGGCAACAUUUCGCGGAACAACAGCUUCAGUCUGAGCUUCAACCUGCAGGACCCCACAGUGCGCUCCUCGGUGCGUUCGGCAGGAGCCCCCACAGUGGAUACAGUGGACAACUCUUCAUCCGGUGGCACGAUCGCCCUGCCCCAGAGCGGCUCCACGGCAACGGCAACGGCCACGAGUGCUACCUCAACCCUCGCCAAACACAGUCCCGAGGCCAAGACAGGAGAGGUCUAUGUCUGAGCGGAGGAACAGGACACCUAUUCCGACCCAUCCACUGGAUUAUAGCUUUCGUCGUAGGUUUAAGCACCCCCUUCCAGAACCACUGAUA